AGAGCAAAUACACUGACCAGCGUCCCAUCAAGAUGGCAGCAAAAUGGACCAAAAUGUUAAGCAGCCAGAACUAACAAAAUACUUUGCCAGCGACAGACACCUGUAUACCUACAAAAACCGUCACAACACAGAGAGGUGAACUUUGAGGCAGGAGCUGCUGUCUGAUAACAGUCUCAGAUGGAUGAACAAGGAAGGAUAGUCAUGCCGAUUAUUGGAGCAACAGGCAACAGGGCACAACUAGCCGGUGACAAACUCCACAGCACUUCUUACAGGGAGUUUUAUGGUCAGAAAGCUGUUUUAGGCUCUGGCAUGGUUAACUUCUCUUCUCACCUCGGAAAUCCAGGCCGCUCAGGCUUUACAUCAAACAACAGACCUGCUGUUUAUUACAAGCCCAGUUUGGACCUCAUUGACAAUCCUCAGAUGCUGCUUAUGUUAUCUGACAACUUCAUUUCUCAAACUAAACAACACUACCAGCCUCAUGUCCUACCUGAUGGUUCAGGUUCUUUGCCAAGUCUGCUUGAGGAACACAGACAGAGUGGCUUCCAUCAGCAGAUGAGUCAUCCAAAAACAGCAAUCCUAGAGAAAAAGACAGAAUACCAAAGAGUGUAUGACCCAAAACAUUUCACACCAACAGUUCACCAGAACCACGUGACUCUGGGUCCAAAAACAGAGAGUGGCUUUACCAGGGAAACAGACAGACAACCUAGAAAAAUCUCUGUGGUUGAUCCACAGCAGACUUACAGUUCAGUGAUGAGAAGUGACUUCACUUGUCCGUCGUUUCUGCAGGGCAAGGAGGCCACACCGAGCCUGUGCGGACGUUCUUGUCAAGAAUCAGGAUUCACUCGAGGUGCUGUCGCUCCCUUGGCCUCUGAUUCAACCUCCAUUCUGCCAUCAUCCAAGACUAAACAAGAAACUCCAUCUAAGAAGACCAUUGGGAAAAAGGAGCCCACAGGGUCUCUCUCCAAUGCUCCAAACAACCAGGCUUUCCCUUUGACACCCUUUGAUAGUUCACACUUCACCACUCAUUAUAGGAACACGUUUUGUCAUCGAGCUGAUGAUGAAAAGUUGACAUCUGGCGGCACUUGUUAUGGAAUAAUAAGCCCAAAAAAGGACUAUGCAUAUAAUCGCCGAGACAUGGACAGGUUCAUCUUUAGGGGCUAAACACCCACCACCUGUAUGACUCUACAAAAAUAAAGUCUGACACUCCAAUGAAAACAAAUUCUGACUGUGA